GCACUGGCUCAGCGCGGCCCCCUUGUGUCCCCUCGGCACCCACCAGCUGGCUCUCCCCCCAGCUCUCUGCAGUGCUGAAGCCGGAGCCCCCAUGGCCUCGCUGAGCCGAGCCCUGCGCGUGGCCGCUGCGCGCCCGCACUGGAGCCCCGCCCGGGGGCUGAGGCUGCGCCCCCCGACCAAUGCGGCCGGCCCCGCGGCUGAGAAGAGUGUGCCGUAUCAGCGGACCCUGAAGGACGCACAAGACCCCUCAGCAGCGGCCCGAGGCCCCAGCCGGCCUCUGCCCAGCACGGCCAAUGUGGUGGUGGUCGGCGGGGGCAGCCUGGGCUGCCAGACCCUGUACCACCUGGCCAAGCUGGGCGUGAGCGGACUGGUGCUGCUGGAGCGAGACCGGCUGACCUCUGGGACCACCUGGCACACGGCAGGCCUGUUGUGGCAGCUGCGGCCCAGCGACGUGGAGGUGGAGCUUCUGGCGCACACGCGGCGCGUGGUGAGCCGCGAGCUGGAGGAGGAGACCGGGCUGCACACCGGCUGGAUCCAGAACGGGGGCCUCUUCAUCGCGUCCAACCGGCAGCGCCUGGACGAGUACAAGAGGCUCAUGUCGCUGGGCAAGGCCUACGGCGUGGAGUCCCACGUGCUGAGCCCCGCGGAGACCAAGGCGCUGUACCCGCUGAUGAACGUGGACGACCUCUACGGGACCCUGCACGUGCCGCACGACGGCACCAUGGACCCCGCGGGCACCUGCACCGCCCUGGCCAGGGCCGCGUCUGCCCGGGGAGCACAGGUCAUUGAGAACUGCCCGGUGACUGGCAUCCGUGUGCGGACAGACGACUUCGGGGCGCGGCGGGUCACGGCCGUGGAGACGGAGCACGGCUCCAUCCAGACACCCUGCGUGGUCAACUGUGCAGGGGUGUGGGCAAGCGCCGUGGGCCGGAUGGCUGGAGUCAAGGUCCCGCUGGUGGCCAUGCACCAUGCCUACGUCGUCACGGAGCGCAUCGAGGGGAUCCAGAACAUGCCGAACGUCCGUGACCACGACGCCUCUGUCUACCUCCGCCUCCAGGGGGACGCCCUGUCUGUGGGUGGCUACGAGGCCAACCCCGUCUUUUGGGAGGAGGUGUCGGACAAGUUCGCCUUCGGCCUCUUCGACCUGGACUGGGACGUGUUCACCCAGCACAUCGCCGGUGCCGUGAACCGCGUCCCCGUGUUGGAGAAGACAGGCAUCAAGUCCACGGUCUGCGGCCCGGAAUCCUUCACGCCCGACCACAAGCCCCUGAUGGGGGAGGCCCCCGAGCUCCGCGGCUUCUUCCUGGGCUGCGGCUUCAACAGUGCAGGUAUGAUGCUGGGCGGCGGCUGUGGGCAGGAGCUGGCCCACUGGAUCGUCCACGGGCGCCCCGACAAGGACAUGCACGGCUACGACAUCAGGCGCUUCCAUCACUCUCUCUCGGACGACCGCCGCUGGGUCCGCGAGCGGAGCCACGAGUCCUACGCCAAGAACUACUCCGUCGUGUUCCCCCACGACGAGCCGCUGGCCGGGCGCAACAUGCGGAGAGGCCCCCUGCACGAGGAGCUCCUCGCACAGGGCUGCGUGUUCCAGGAGCGGCAUGGCUGGGAGCGGCCGGGAUGGUUCAGCCCGCGGGGGGCAGCUCCGGUCCUGGCGUACGACUACUACGGGGCCUACGGGAACCGGGCGCACCAGGACUACGCCUACGGCCGGCUGCUGGGGGACGAGUACACCUUCGACUUCCCGCCCCACCACGACACGAUCAAGGCGGAGUGCCUGGCCUGCAGAGGGGCCGCCGCUGUGUUCGACAUGUCCUACUUCGGGAAGUUCUACCUGCUGGGGCCGGACGCCGCGAAGGCUGCCGACUGGCUCUUCUCCGCGGACGUCCGCCGACCCCCAGGCUCCACGGUGUACACCUGCAUGCUGAACCGCCGCGGCGGCACCGAGAGCGACCUCACCGUCAGCCGCCUGGCGCCCGGCCCCCAGGCCUCCCCGCUGGCCCCCGCCUUCGAAGGGGACGGCUACUACCUGGCCGUGGGCGGGGCCGUGGCCCAGCACAACUGGUCCCACAUCACCACGGUGCUGCAGGACCAGAAGUUCCGGUGCCAGCUGAUUGACAGCUCUGAGGACCUGGGCAUGAUCAGCGUGCAGGGCCCGGCCAGCCGGGCCAUCCUCCAGGAGGUGCUGGACGCAGACCUGGGAGACGAAGCCUUCCCCUUCUCCACCCACAAGCUGGUGAGAGCCGCCGGGCACCUGGUCCGGGCGGUGCGGCUGUCCUUCGUGGGAGAGCUGGGCUGGGAGCUGCACGUCCCGCGGGCGUCCUGCCUGCCCGUGUACCGGGCGCUGAUGGCGGCGGGGAAGGCGCGCGGCCUCGUCAACGCGGGCUACCGCGCCAUCGACUCCCUGAGCGUCGAGAAAGGCUACCGGCACUGGCACGCAGACCUGCGGCCGGACGACAGCCCCCUGGAGGCGGGCCUGGCCUUCACCUGCAAGCUCAAGUCCGCCGUGCCCUUCCUGGGGCGCGAGGCCCUGGAGCAGCAGCGCGCCGCAGGCCUCCGCCGCCGCCUGGUGUGCUUCACCGUGGACGAGAAAGUGCCCAUGUUCGGCCUGGAGGCCAUCUGGAGGGACGGCCAGGUGGUGGGCCACACCCGGAGGGCCGGCUUCGCGUUCGUCCUGGACAAGACCGUCGCCUACGGUUACGUCCGAGACCCACACGGCGGGCCGGUCUCGCCGGACUUCGUGAGGAGCGGCGACUACGCCCUGGAGAGGAUGGGGGUGACCUACGCCGCCCGGGCCCACCUGAAAUCGCCCUUCGACCCCGACGGCAAGCGGGUGAAGGGGAUCUACUGACGGGGCCCCGCCACUCAGGGGUCCGGACACCUGCUGCCACGGCCACAACCCGGGCCCUCCUUAGCCCGGGCCUGGUCCUGCCAACACCCCCACGCCAGACACGGACAGAGAGACCGAGGCGGGCGUCCUGUGGUCGUGGCAGAGGCUGGGCUGCUCCGAUCCACCUCGUCCUCCUG